AUGAAUACUUACCAACAAGUGGAAUUACCAAGUGGUGUUAUCGGGACUAUGGAUAAAGAGCGCACAAUAUUAUCGUCCAAAUUAUAUGGUACGUUGAACGAAUUACGUUAUGAAAUGCAAGUACAAUCAUUAUCAAAAUCUUCGUUGUUAUUACAACCCGUUUUCUCUCCCACUGGUCUAUCAUCAUUCAAAGCCCCAUGCUUCAGCAAUGAGACAGUUUAUUGGCCACAAGUGUUAUUGACAUUUGCCUACCACUAG